GGAUACAAAACAAGUCCUAAUGUCUCAUAUCAUCUCAACCGCGUGGGCUGCGGCGAUACUUGUCCCGUUGAAUGCAGUUUGUUGAUUUCAUCUCUGAACAGAUAGCCUUCGGCGAUUUAUACAGAAAUUGAGGGUGGCUGCAGUGUCAUUGCUACCUAGGUACACAUUGGCAUCCUGGUCUCGCAUUCCCAAUUCAGCCUAUAGAGCAUAAACUGGCUCGACGAACACUGCAGAGCAUUUGUUUUGUGAUCUCCUUAAGGCAACCUGCUCCAAGGUGUUUAGGCUGUCAUACCUAAAUAUUUCUCAGAAUGGUGGGCAGUCGGGUCGUCAAGGUUGGCAUCAUAGGCUGUGGCGAGAUCACGCAGGUCGCUCAUAUACCGACUCUUGGUUUUCUUUCUGACCUGUUUACCAUCACCUAUCUCUGCGACGUAUCACCUGCCAACCUGGCGCACAACGCGCAAAAGGUCAUCAACCAUAUCCCGCAGAAGACUUUGGACUAUACCGAGUUAUGCGCUUCGCCGGACGUUGAUCUGGUGUUCAUCGCCAGCUCCGACGAGUAUCAUGCCAUCCAUGCCAUCGAAGCCUUGAGACAGGGGAAACAUGUCUUCAUUGAGAAACCUAUGGCGUUGUGCGAAAGAGAUGCUGAUGCAAUCAUCGCUGCAGAGGCAGAUUCAAUGGGCAGAGUCAUGGUUGGUUAUAUGCGGCGCUAUGCAGCUGCGUACUUGGAUGUGUUGAAUGAGAUAGGCGGUUGGGAUAAGAUUCAUUAUGCUCGAGUACGAGACAUAAUCGGUCCAAAUAGUCACUUUGUUUCUCAGUCGGGCACGUUUCCCAGAUCCUUUUCGGAUCUUAGCGCAGAAGUCGUCGAAGACAAAAGAGCCAAAGCCGAAGACAUCAUACAACAAGCUCUAGUGGUUGAGUGCGGCCUGCCAGUCACGGAAGAAUCGGCCGCGAUGUGGCGUUUGUUGGGUGGACUUGGCUCCCAUGACUUGUCGGCCAUGCGUGAAGCGCUGGGAACGCCACAGGCUGUGGUCGGUGCUUCCAUUAACCUGCCUUUCUGGAGUGCAAUUAUUAAAUAUCCCUCCUUCUCGGUAACCUAUGAAUCCGGCAUUGACAAAAUCCCACGCUUCGAUGCUCAUAUUGAGGUCUACAGCCCGUCAAAAUCCGUACGGGUUGUGUAUGACACUCCUUACGUGAAAGGCCUCCCUGUCACGAUGGUCGUUCGCGAAGGCGUCGAUGGAGUGUACAAGGAGACUUCAGUCCGGAGGACCUAUGAAGACCCCUACACUCUGGAGUUGAAAAUGUUGUACCGGAUGGUUGUUGAAGACUCUGAAGUCAAAACGACUGCCAAGGAUGCAAAGGAGGAUUUGAAGAUUUUCCAAAUGAUUAUGAAGGCUGGGUUCAGACCGGAAGUGGGAUCGUAGAUCAGCUAACUUCAACGGCCGGUUGUGUGGUAGCCCUUAGUUCAAGAAUUCUAGACCACGCCGCCGAGCGGUAGCACAGCCGCUUCUCGCUCAGAGAAGCUAGGCAAGAAAGCAAUCGUCCGGCGCCGCAACCGCGAAUUUAGCUGCUCGCAGCUGCAGCCUCGAAGUGCACGAAUACCUUGCAACCACACGGAGCUCCUGGCUUGUUCGGUCUUUUCGGCCGAUGCGAGGCUCGUCCUGAGGGUCGUUUAUGCUUCAGCUUUGAAGUCAGAUGCAUGGUUACAUCACGAAGUUUAACCAUUCAUUCAUCAGGUGCAGAGUCCUGGUUCUUCCUCGGCCGUCCUCUCCGUUUUGGUGCAGCAUUGGUCGUACCGGCUGGUCCUGAAGCACCAGCAGUGCCCACCGAGGAAUGAGCGGAAGGUUCUUCCUUGAUCUUAAGCUGCUCGGUAUGUUCCGUCCCAGUCAUUGUGACAUCCUCGUCAACCUCGCUUUCCGACGCAUCUGGAGUGCUUAGAUCACUGUCAGAACUCAUAUCGAGCGGUGGGCCAUGCGUGGUGGCGGCGCCACCUGCGGCCUCUCUUUGACGUUGACGCUUUUCUUCCUCGGCCUUCU